AUGUUGAACCAGACGAAGAGAGGACCUAGAGUGAUGAAGACACGGCAAGAACAGGGUUUUAAGACGCCGGUGAUGCCACGAGAGUCGCGUGGCGGACAGCAGAAGCAUGAACAUGGGCAGAGACAGAGGCCACGGCAGCGACAGGGGGAUCAGGGCCGGGUGCAGUUGGUCACGAAGUUGCUCGUGGAUAACAGGUAUAACCUUAUGGAUGAGUUGAACUACGGCAGGACAUUGCCUUACUCACAAGGUGAGACGGGUCCAGUGGUCGGUGAUGAUUCUGUGGAGGGAAGUCGGUAUAGUGGUGCGGAGUGUGGAGUCGCUGCGGCGGUUGCAGCGGUGACUGCAACGGCGACGGGGGCGACUGCAGGGACUGCGACAAGUGCAGGUGCGUCUGGAGUGGGCGCUGGUGCCGUGGGGGCACCCUCGUGGACCACACAGGAUCAAGUAUCCGCAAGGAUAGUGCACAUACCGAAGAGCACGCGGCUCAAGGCGGAACGGGUAAGAAUAUACCUUGAGUACUUCUACAAUGUGAUGGAGCGGUGCAUCACGUUGAAUGACAGCGUUAGGGACCCCAAUGGGGGUGUGCAUGGUGGUCACGGCGCGGGCGCUGCGGCUGCGGCUGCAGCUGCCACCGGUGUAAGGUAUGAGGGCGUCGAAGGUGUUUACAACCCGCUCCAGGUGAUCAGGAAUAGGAAGCUCAGGAAGAAGUAUCACGAUGAGGUGAAGCCCGCUAGGGAGCUCGUGUUUUCGCGGGUGCCCAUGAUCGCAGUUAUUCAGUUCUCCAAACGACCCACUAGGAAUAUGCGUUGGUUUGUCAAACUGAGCGAGAAGUACAGUGAUCUAUCCUGGAGGACGAGCCACUGGGACGAGCUGCGACGGCCGGAUGGCCACCUCUGGAUCACGGCGGAAAAACAGCGCGAUCAACAGCAGGUACACAUCGCCAAGAAGAAGAAGAAGAGAAGGCGGCACAGAUUAUCGCAGACCAUUGGUAAAGUGGGUCCGAAGAUUCCAGGUCCACACGGACACGGACACGGUUAUGACUCAAACACGGUGAACUUAGGGAACCAUCUCGACGUGAAUAAAAUACCGGGGCAGGACGAAGCAGCGUCGUCUUCGGGUACUACAAUAGCAGACCAAGACGGCGAGUACGAAACGGCCUCGAAAUUCAGCUCGAGUAGACUGGGGAGACUGGAGAAGAUCAUCACGGGCAAAACGAGACGGGUGUCGCACUCCAGGUCGCCCCGAGCAAGAAGCACCGAGAGCGGAUUGCAGCAGCAGCAGCAGCAGCAGCAGGCUCCCGUCGCUGCCUCCGCGAGCCACCCAAGUGUGUAUCACCUUGCUCCUGCAAACUUAACGGUGAACUCGACAAGAAGGGCAUCGAUAAAGGACGCGACGAAAGCUUUGAAGGAACUGCAGCGCAGGGACGAAACUCAAGGGCUAACAGAAGACAAGGAGGAGACGACGACGCCGGAGGGAUCCAGCGACUCAAAGUCCGCAGACAUUUCCGUAUCCUCCCAGUCAGUGUCCUCUACUAGUGCGAUACCCGUUACAACUGGUGGGACUUCACAGGUUGUGACACCCGCUGUGAGAACCCCUAUCACACAAGGUAUCAGAUCUACGUCUCCACACUCUGUAUCCAGUAGGGGGCCGGCGCCUCCUCCCAUGGAUGCCACAACGAUGACCACGAAUGCAAAGGACGAAGGUGCUGAAACGGCUGUGGCACCCGAUGAGGCCGCCGAGAACGAUGAGUCUCCGGGUAGGAAGCGGAAAGAUAUGGAGAACGAGGCAAAGGACCAACAACGCCAGUUCUUCGUUGAGGAAUUGGAGUCCCUCGUCGACCCUGCCUCGGAGAAGUACGUCCUCCCCGUGGACAAGCAGCUGGAGCAGUACUGGAUGAGUACGAAGUACGUCAUGAGCACCGUUGCGAUUAUGAAACACCGUCGGAUCACGCACGAAAUUGUGAAGCGGAAGGAGAUCGCAAAGCGGAACCAGAUUAUCCUCGAGGACGACACGGAUAAGAACAUCGAGGUCGCGAAUGAGGUGAUACAGCUAUACGACCACGAGUUGGAUAAGGUCAUUGCCGUGGGGAACAAGUGGGCGUCCACGCUUUUAAAUGACUACUCGAUUCGUGUCGAGAUGCUGAUAUCCUCGAGUGACAGAAUCCUCAGUGAUAUCAACACAACACUGACUUUGAAGUUGAAGCUGUUCCAAGAGAACACGGAGCGGUAUGGCACGAUCCGGAUGAUGCGCGCGCAGCGGACGACGCGGGUCGCGUACCGGUUGCUCGAGUACUCCAUCAUUGGUGCCCUGUGGACAAUCUGGCUCUUUGUCAAGAUGCUCAGGGAGAUCCGGCAUGGGUUUGUUCUCACAUGGAAGCUAAUCAAGUGGACCAUCUGGUGA